AUGGCCGAGCCCGAGAGCACCACCGCCACCACCUCGGCGUCACUGACCUUCAGCCGGCCAGUCUUCGCCAAACUCUCCCCGCACCCAUACCUCCUGCGCAACCUCUCCCCCGCGGAUGGGCAGCCUGCGACGCGCACAAACGGCCGCACGCCGCGCGAGGCCCGUCCCGUGCAGAUCAAUGUGUCGUCGCUGUCGCACGCGCACGGCAGCGCGCUGGUGCGCACGGGCGACACGACCGUCAUCUGCGGCGUGCGGGGCGAGAUCCUCCCCGUAGGGCAGAUCCCCCAGUUCCGGCCGCCUUCUUCACAACAACAACAACAAGAACAAGAACAAGAACAAGACGGCAGUUCCGCCGCGGGCAGGAGGGAGCUCAAAGAGUACGACCUGCUCGUGCCCAACAUCGAGCUCGCCACGGGCUCCGCCCCGCAGUUCCUCCCCGGCGUCCCGCCCACCCCGCUGGCGCAGACGCUGUCUACGAGGGUGUACUCGCUCUUGCAUGCCACGGGGUUGGUGAGGGCUGAGGAUUUGAGGGUGUGGUAUAUGCCUCCCGCUGCUGCUGCGGAGGGGGAGCAAGAUCAAGGAGGCAGAAUGGAAGGGGUGGAGGGUUCUGGGGAAGAUGAAGAGGCGAGGGAGCAACAAUUGGUCGCGUACUGGGUGUUGUACAUCGACUUAUUGUUUAUAUCAUUCGACGGGAACCCGUUUGACGCGGCGUGGGCGGCGGUCGUGGCCGCGUUGAAGGAUACGAAAUUGCCGGCGGCGAGGUGGGAUCCGGACCGGGAAAUGGUGGUUUGCUCGCGGACCGAGACGAAAAAGUUGGAUGUAAGGGGCUUGCCGGUGGCGUGCAGCGCGGCUGUCUUUCUGGAGAAGGAGCACGGCGAGCCGGGCGAGGGGAGGCAUUGGCUGUUGUUGGAUCCAGAUCGGCUGGAGGAGAGUCUGUGCAAGGAGGUGAUUACGAUGGUGGUGGAUUGUAGCGACGGAGAGGCCAAGGUGAAGAGCCUGGAGAAGCAGGGCGGAACGGUUCUCGGGAGGGAGCUGAUACGGGCCUUUGCAGGCGUUGCGGAGGGGAGAUGGAGGGAGGUCAAGGAGGCGAUGAGGUGA